AUGACUGCUCCCGCCUGGGUGAGGCGGAAGGGAGUGUCAGACUCUUACUGACUAAAAACCACCCCGUUCCUUCUCCUGCACGUCGAGCCGGAGCCCCUGUUACCCGUUAGCUUAUAAGGUUAUCUAUAAAUAAAAUAACUACACGGUUGGGGUGGUGGCGUGGCGCGGGUUCGAUUCCCGCACGGAACAACACUUUGUGUGACCCACAAAUUGUCGUUUCGGGUGUGAGUGUCAUGUGUAUGUGAAUUUGUAUGUUUGUAAACGCACCCACGACACCGGAGAAAACCCUAGUGUGGUGAGACGAUUUUAUAAAACUGAAA